AGACUCCUUGUGAACAUAAUUUUAUUGGGGAUUCCUGCCUCUUUCUGUCUGGAUCCUUUAAAGGUGUGCCAAAGAGGGACUCCAUGAAAGAUGACAGAAGAAGUUAUUGUUAUAGCCAAGUGGGAUUAUACUGCACAACAGGACCAAGAACUUGACAUCAAGAAGAACGAGCGUCUUUGGCUACUGGAUGAUUCCAAAACAUGGUGGAGGGUAAGAAAUGCGGCCAACAAAACGGGAUAUGUGCCAUCAAAUUACGUGGAGCGAAAGAACAGCUUGAAGAAAGGCUCCCUGGUUAAAAAUCUAAAAGACACAUUGGGUUUGGGUAAAACAAAAAGGAAGACAAGUGCACGAGAUGCUUCACCUACUCCUAGUACAGAUGCAGAAUAUCCAUCCAACGGUAGCAGUGCAGACCGGAUUUAUGACCUUAACAUCCCAGCUUAUGUUAAAUUUGCCUAUGUGGCAGAGAGGGAGGAUGAGCUGUCUCUUGUUAAAGGAUCCCGAGUCAUUGUUAUGGAAAAGUGCAGUGAUGGCUGGUGGAGAGGUAGCUACAAUGGACAGAUUGGCUGGUUUCCUUCGAACUACGUGAUGGAGGAAGUUGAGGAAGCAACUGCAGAUUCCCCAAGUUUUCUAAGUUUAAGGAAAGGUGCAUCCAUGAGUAAUGGCCAGAGCUCAAAAGUACUCCAUGUUGUUCAGACACUGUAUCCAUUCAGCUCCGUCACAGAAGAAGAGCUCAAUUUUGAAAAGGGGGAAACAAUGGAAGUCAUUGAAAAACCAGAAAAUGACCCAGAAUGGUGGAAAUGUAAAAAUUCCCGGGGGCAAAUUGGUCUUGUUCCUAAAAACUAUGUGGUAAUCUUAAGUGAUGGUCCUGCCAUUAACACUUCCCAUCCACCUCAGAUAAGCUAUACAGGGCCAUCUUCUACAGGACGGUUUGCUGGAAGAGAGUGGUAUUAUGGGAAUGUUACACGGCAUCAAGCAGAAUGUGCCCUAAACGAGAGGGGAGUGGAAGGGGACUUCCUUGUUAGAGAUAGUGAAUCUUCGCCCAGUGACUUCUCAGUAUCUCUAAAGGCAUCAGGGAAGAACAAACAUUUCAAGGUGCAGCUCGUGGACAAUGUCUAUUGUAUUGGCCAGCGUCGAUUUCAAACAAUGGAUGAAUUGGUGGAACACUACAAAAAAGCUCCCAUCUUCACCAGUGAACACGGGGAAAAGUUGUAUCUUGUAAAAGCACUUCAGUGACGUUGAAGAUAGACUAUGCCGCCUAGGCCUCUUAUAACUUUCAAGCCUUAGGUCCUAAUUCACUUUUAUAGAGCAGAGCAAUCUACUCCCUGGAGCAGGCUUAAAGAAUGGGCUCUUUCACAAGUGUUUGCUCUGGUUGUUGUUGUCCUUUUUUGGUUUUGUUUUGUUUGCCUAUUUUGUCUUUUUGGUUCUGUUAAUCUCAGAUGACCUUCCCUCAGGUUGAAAAUUUCACUUAAAUGGACGUUGUAAGCACUCACUUUCAGGCCUGAGUUCUAAACUCCCCUCUUCUGUGUACGUUUACAUAGUUAGUUCUGAUAAACGAGGGGUGUUUUCAAUUCAAGACAGUGUUAAUCUGUUCAAAUUGCUCAUGCUGACGGAACUGUUCAUUGAAAGACAUCGGGCACAGUUUGAAUGCACUGAAGCUGCAGCUAAUUAAA